AUGUCCCGUCCACGUUGGCAUCCCCCACGAGGCUUGCAGCCUAACAUGCCAAUGAAGCCUGAUUAUUAUCUCAACGGCACACAAUGCAUACUUUGUGGGGACUUUUUAUACGACAACAAGGGCGUGUGGCGUGCCCCCUAUCGAGCCCUCUAUCAGGCUGCUGGUUCUAUCAAGUUGAGUGGCAUCGGCUACAGAAAAAAUUCCGACCCUCUCAAGGUCCCCAUAGACCCCGAAAACCGCUGGGACACCACCGGGAGCGAUUUCUGCACGGUGUCUGACCUGCCGUGUUGGCCACGAAAUAUAUAUUUCUUCCAUGAGAUAUGUUGGCAGAGGUUGGCACAGCAUUUCGCAGGGGACAAUGUUGAUUAUAGUGCCCUUUAUGAUGUACUGAAAAGACUUCCAUUUCCGGCUGGAUAUGGUGCUUCGUCGUAUAUUCGUUACAUGGAUGGUAUCGAGCCGUAUCAGGCACCUCUCCUGAUACACCUUCUACAAUCCAAGCGAGAACAGCCUGAAUGCGCAGCUGAAAUCCAGAACAAGCUCAAGAGAAGUUGCAAUGCAACUGACUGCUUUAGGCGGCUUCCUGUCGAGCUAAUCGAGUUACUUGGAGAUUAUCUAUCAACGCGGGAUUACCUUAAUAGCCGUCUUGCAUCACGAUCCAUGGGUAUGCUCUUUCAUCAACAGAAAUUCUGGAAAACGCGAUUCGAUAUCAAUGGAGAACGUGGAUUUUUAAGCUAUCUCGUGAAGGAGCAUCAGAAUAGGGAUGUUGACUGGCGACUGCUAUAUCACAGUACAUGUACACUCCGAUGCAGUCGGCUUUUCGACAUAACGAUCCGACUUUGGGAGACCAACCGAUGGAUAAGAGAGGCUGUGAUACACAAGUCCAGAGGCCCAUUCGCAUCAUUCAUGGACUUUGGCGGACGUGCAUUGCAGUACUAUCAUAAUACCAUGUGGCCGGAGACCAACUAUCGACAAACCGUCAAGAUCCCACCCGAUUUGAUAAAGAUCGGAGUUUCGGCAUUUGCAGAUUUUGGCGACCAGGUGGUUACCAUCCGAGGCCUGGAAUUGAUUCGAGCCAGCGGGCCGAGCAUCCUUCUAGGGGCAAAAAUUCCGGGAUCGUUGGUGAUUGUGGAAGAAGUCGAUGAUCACGGUGGUGGCCGACCCGAUUGGGCUGAUGAUCAUGACACGAAUUACCGCUUCCCGGGAGCUGAGGUGAUAUUAGACGCGCAAGAACUACGGGGUUUCAUGAUCACGAACACCGUGAAUGGGCAGCUAACCCAUUUUCAAUUGAUCCGAAAAAACGGUUUCUCGGCGCCUAUUGGUGUCGAUUUCCUCAAUGGCGCUAAUUACGUAUUCCAAAUGGAUGAGAUUGUCAACUUGGUUGUGGAGUUUGACGUGAAUAUGGGUCUCAGAAAAUUGGGCAUUGAGGGUUUUGGGAGUAAUCCGAAGGCGAAAGAAUGGGAGAGGGAUGGCUAUUACAAGUCCAUGUAUAAUGAUGCUGAUGAUGAUGAUGACGACGACCCGCAAGAGGAGGGCGACAACAACGACUACACCGACGACGAUGAGGAGGAUGAU